AUGAGUUACUCAUUCUUCUGUAAAGAGCCAGAUGGUUUCCGCCAGGUUUCCGCCAGGUUUCCGCCAGGUUUCCGCCAGGUUUCCGCCAGGUUUCCGCCAGGUCCUACAGCUUCGCUUUCCGGUUUGGAUUCUGUGGUGAAGAGGAGCCCUCGCAUCAGAGGAGCGUCGCCAGAGCAUGUACUGCCGAGGGCUGAGCCUGGCCUUGCGUUCUCCACCAAGUCCCUCUUCACGUAUCACUGCACCCGCGUUGGCCUUAACUUAGCCUCACUUUGGGACCCCUCCCCACAGGUUCCAAAGGCCUGUAGGCCUCAGGUGAAUUUCACCUUUAAAACUGAGAGUUUGGAGUUUCGGGCGUCAUGCAGAAACCAGACGCAGCAACCAGCCAGUAUUAGUGAAAAGAUAAAAUCAGCUCUGAAGAAAGGUGUGGGGCGUCGCCUUAUCCCUCUCUGCCGGCCUCUUCUGUGGAUGUAUUCUUCCUGCGGUUCCUUCACUGCUGGUGCUGGUCUGAAAAUCAAGAAACCAUCAAAUCCUGCUCUGCCUGCCCCACCGCCACCGGUACACCUACACUCCAACUCUGACUGUCCACCCAAAAUGAAGACUGCCCGCUGUGUCAUAAAACUCAGAUGGGACAGAUACGAAAGACUGCAGUCUGAGCCCUCUCCUAUCACCAGGCAAAUCCUGAGUCUGAAGUCACCUUAAAUUCGGCCACGGGGAUGAGAAGUAAGAGAUAAGAAGACCUACAGUAUCGGAAAAGGAAUUUACAAGACAGAAAAAUGUAAGCAGCACUUGAGGCUGGCAUUAAAAUACACAUACUGCUGGUGUGAAAGAAAAAGAAGAUGGCAAAAGGCCAAGUAGCUCAAGGUGAUUUAAAGAGGCAUAGAAAGAAAAGG